CAAGCACCUGUGAUGAAAUACAACCGAGCUGCAGCCAUGACACGAAGCGCGAAAACUAGCGACGAGGAUAACAAAGCUGCAGUUCCGCCGAGCUGCUGGGCUGCAGGAGGCAGGCGGCGGAUCCCCGCCAGGUACUCGUUCGCCGCCGUGCUGAUGCUGGGCUCCUUCCUCAACAUCAUGCUGAGGACCUCGCUGCCCAUGGCAGUCACGGCCAUGGCGCGGAGGAACGCCACCGGGCCUCGGCUGACCUCGGGCGACUCCGCGCAGGCGGCGGGCGAGUUCGACUGGGACGAGGUGGCGCAGAGCUACGUGCUGACGGCCAGCUCGUACGGCAUGCUGGUCACGUGCGUGGCGGGCGCGCGCCUCGCCGAGCUGUGGAGCCGCCGCCUGGCCACGGCCGCCUGCACGCUGGUCUCCGGCGCCUGCUUCCUGCUGCUGCCGCUCGCCGCCGCCUGGGGCCUCGCCGCCGCCGUCGCCUCGCAGGUCGUGGCAGGCCUCUUCGCGGGACCUCUUCUUCCUGUGCAGAUGGCCAUGACCGCUUCGUGGUUUCCGCCCCAGGAGAGACAGCAGCUUGGAGGCAUUACAUUUUCUGCAAUGAGUCUGGCGACGAUGUCGUCGAACGUGCUGACGGGCAAGCUGGUGGACACCCUGGGCUGGCGGUUCGUGUUCUACUUCUUCUCGUCGCUCAUGAUGACCUGGGUGGUGCUGUGGAUGUUCCUAGCGCACGACGGCCCCAACAGCCACCCGAGCAUAUCCGAAGAAGAACGAACCUACAUAACGGAGAGCACGGGGGUUGACGAGUCCCAGACGGUUUCGACCCUGCCUUGGAGGGACAUGCUGCUGUCGGCCCCGCUGUGGGCACACAUCACCAUGGGGCUCCCGGCCUGCUGGGUGGCGCUGCUGUUCGUCAACUCGCUGCCCUCCUACAUGACAAACACACUGCACUUCAGUUCCACAAAGGCAGGUUACAUCCUAGCACUGCCACAGCUCUCCAUGUGGCUGUGCACGAUAACAUUCGGCUGGUUGUCGCAGUGGGUGAGGAGAAAGGAGUUCAUUGGCCACCGUAACACUUAUUUAAUUUUUAACUUUAUCGCCACCGCCGGCCCAGCCACCGCGUUCGUCGUCCUGCCCCUGGUCGGCGGCCACGAGGCGGCCACCAUCUCCCUGCUCGUGCUGGCGACGGCCUGCAGCGGCGCCUACGUCGGCGGCAGCCAGCUCAACCACAUGGACCUGGCCGUCAACUACAGCGGCACGCUGUCCGGGCUGUCCUCCGCCGUGCUGGGCGUCGUGGGGGUGCUGGCGCCCACCGUCACCGGACUCGUCACCAACAACCAGCAAACCCUGUCAGCAUGGAGCAAUGUGUUCUACGUGGCUGCCGGUGUGAACGUGGUCCCGUUCUUCAUAUACCUCUUCUUCGGCUCGGUGGAGGAGCAGCCUUGGAACACGCCACUGCGAGAUCUCGGCACAGACGGCGUGGACAAGACCACAGCGUCUUCAGCGGGCGUCCAGUUGCAUGCGAAUGAAUAAACCUAAACAAAAUCUCAUCCCUCACGUACUGCAUUAGCUAAAGCUUUAAUAACAGAGCCGAAUUUCUUUACAAAAAAAAAUUAAAUCCACCAAUACAGUCUAAAUAUUUUGGAUUCUAAUCUGAAA